AUGAUAAAAAAGUGUGAAUCUCAUUUAAAGUACGAUGAAAAAUAUAUCUGCAUUCACAUAACCAGACUAAAAGAAGAGGGUAACAAGUUUUCUUGCCACAAAUGUUUAAAUUGGAAAAAAUCCAAUGAUUUUGUGAAGAGUAUGGAAGAACUUGAAGAGGAAGCAAAGGAAAAUUUAGUCAAAUAUGUGGAAAUGCAAACUAAAGUAAUCAAUUCUAACAAUGAAAUGAAAGGAAAAUAUAUUGAAUCAAUAACUAAACUAUAUCACAAAUUAAAUCAAUAUUUUGAAAAUUAGUAAAAGGCCAUAAAUUCUUCAAUUGAACAAUAAAAUCAAAUACUUACAUAAAACAUCAACUAAGCUAAUCAACUUUUAAACUAAUAAUCUGUUUUGGAUUUACAAUCUAUUGAUAAAUUUAUUAUUUUUGCUUAAUUAAAUCAAGAAAGUUAAAAAAUUAUUGAAAAUAAAUAUAAUUAUAUCAAUGAUUGUAUAAAUAGAUAAUUCAAUUAUGAAUUUGCUGAAUUUUAAUCUAAAGUAAACUAAUUUAUAACAAUGGAAUUUAAAUUUGAUAAUGUUCCAAAAUAUGAAGUUGAAUAAUUCAAAAUUUUAACUGUUGAAAAAAAAGAAAAACUUCCUUAUUGCUCAGAGCACUAAAUUAAAAAAAAAUGGAUUUGUAUACAUCAAGAUUGUUUAAAAGAGCAGAAACAAAAUUUUCUUUGUUCUGAUUGUGCUAAAGUUACUCAUGAUUAACAUUCUAAAGGCAAUUUCAUUAAGACGAUAAAGAAAAUAAAGAAUGAGUAAAAUGAGAAACUUAAAAUAAUUGAAGAAUAAUACUAAAUGCUAAAGAAAGAAUCUGAAAAAAAAAUUGAUUAAGAACUAGCAUAAAAUUAAUAAAAACAAUAGGAAAUUUUUGAAAAUUAUUUAUUAAUGAGAGAAAAUCUUAAAGUAUUGGAAGCUCAGUCAAUAAUUAAUCCUUUUAAUUAAGAUAAAUAAUAUAUCUAUUCUUCAAUUGAUUAAAAUUUAUUAUCGUAUGAUUCAGAAAUGAUAAAUUUGGAGUUUCAAUCAAAAUUAGAAUAAUUAGAGUUAAAAAAAUAACAUAUUACCACAAUAACAAAAGAUGAGUUUGAUCAAAAAUGCAAAUCUAUUGAAGAAUAAAAAGAAAAUUAAAAGAAUGAAUCAUUUAAAUUGAAGUAAUAAAUGCAAUAUGAAAUUUAAAUUUCAGAUAUAAUGUAAAAAUGA